AUGCAUAUGUGCUGCCACUACAAGGACCAUAUGUGCUGUCACUACAAGAUGCAUAUGUGCUGUCACUACAAGAAGCAUAUGUGCUGCCACUACAUGGAACAUAUGCGCUGCCACUACAAGGAACAUAUGUGCUGUCACUACAAGGAACAAGUGUGCUGUCACUACAAGGACCAUAUGUGCUGCCACUACAAGAAGCAUAUGUGCUGUCACUACAAGAAACAUAUGUGCUGUCACUACAUGGAACAUAUGUGCUGCCACUACAAGGAACAUAUGUACUGUCACUACAAGGAACAAGUGUGCUGUCACUACAAGGACCAUAUGUGCUGCCACUACAAGAAGCAUAUGUGCUGUCACUACAAGAAACAUAUGUGCUGUCACUACAAGGAACAUGUGUGCUGCCACUACAAGGAACAUGUGUGCUGUCACUACAAGAAGCAUAUGUGCUGCCACUACAAGAAGCAUGUGUGCUGUCACUACAAGAGGUAUGUGCUGCCACUACAAGAAGUAUGUGCUGGCACUACAAGAAAUAUGUGCUGCCACUACAAGAAGUAUGUGCUGCCACUACAAGAAGUAUGUGCUGUCACUACAAGAAGUAUAUGCUGUCACUACAAGGACCAUAUGUGCUGUCACUACAAGAAGUAUGUGCUGCCACUACAAGAAGCAUAUGUGCUGCCACAACAAGAAGCAUGUGUGCUGUCACUACAAGGACCAUAUGUGCUGUCACUACAAGAAGUAUGUGCUGUCACUACAAGAAACGUAUGUGCUGCCACUACAAGAAGCAUAUGUCCUGCCACUACAAGGAACAUGAGUGAUGUCAGUUCAAGCCGCAUAUGUGCUGUUACUACAAAAAACGUCUGUCACUUCAAGGCGCAUUUGUGCUGUCACUACAAUACUCAUACGUGCUGCCACUACAAGGAACAUAUGUGCUGUCACUAUAAGAAUCAUGUGUGCUGGCACCACAAGGCGAAUAUGUGCUGUCACUACAAGAAACAUUUGUGCUGUCACUAUAAGAUGCGCAUGUGCUGUCAUUACAAGAUGCUUAUGUGCUGUCACUACAAGAUGCAUAUGUGCUGUCACUACAAUAAGAAUAUGUGCUGCCACUACAGGAAGCAUACUAUUAUGUGCUGUCACUACAAGAAGCAUAUGUGCUGUCACUACAAGGACCAUAUGUACUGUCACUACAGGACGCGUAUGUGCUGUCACUACAAGGACCAUAUGUGCUGUCACUACAAGAUGCGUAUGUGCUGUCAUUUCAAGAAGCGCAUGUCUUCCACUAAAAAACCCGUUGUAUCUGUCACUGUUAUGAGGGUAUGA